AUGGAAACACACCUCAGCAGGUCCGGGUUCCUCCAGGCUCUCCUGCGGGCCUCCGCGCUCUGUCUCGCGGGUGUGUUUGUUCUGUCGGGUCGCUCCGGCGGCGUCCUGCUGUGCUACUAUCGCCCCCUGCAGGCCAGAGGCGGCCUCUGCACCAACAUGACCACGGAGUGCAGGCCGCACGAGCGCUGCUUCUCCGGCUGGAGGCGCUACGGUCCGGUGUCGGUGCUGGCCGCCCAGGGCUGCGCGUCCCCGGAGCUGUGCGGCUCUAACCACACGGUCACUCUCGCGGGCUCCGACUAUCAGAUCAGCUACACGUGCUGCUGUCACGACCGCUGCAAUGAAGCUCCCGCACCGGAGAACCGUCUCAAGCAGCUGCUCGGGGUCACGGUCAGACCGACGGACAGCAUCACCGCGGGUGACCCGCUUCACUGUCCGGAAGAGUGA